AUGUUGAGAUCAUCCGUUGUUCGUAGUCGCGCUACUUUAAGGCCUCUAUUACGCCGUGCUUACUCCUCUCAUAAAGAAUUGAAGUUCGGUGUCGAAGGAAGAGCCUCGCUUCUUAAGGGUGUCGAAACUUUAGCCGAAGCGGUUGCUGCUACUUUGGGUCCAAAGGGUAGAAAUGUUUUGAUUGAACAGCCUUUUGGCCCUCCAAAGAUUACCAAGGAUGGUGUUACAGUUGCAAAAUCUAUUGUGUUGAAGGACAAGUUUGAAAAUAUGGGUGCUAAAUUACUACAAGAAGUUGCCUCUAAGACCAACGAGGCUGCCGGUGAUGGUACUACUUCCGCUACUGUUUUAGGUAGAGCCAUUUUCACCGAAUCAGUCAAGAAUGUCGCCGCUGGUUGUAACCCGAUGGACUUGAGAAGGGGCUCUCAGGUUGCAGUUGAAAAAGUUAUUGAAUUUUUGAGCGCCAACAAGAAGGAAAUUACCACAUCUGAGGAAAUUGCACAGGUAGCAACCAUUUCUGCUAACGGGGACUCUCAUGUUGGUAAGUUACUAGCUUCAGCCAUGGAAAAGGUUGGGAAAGAAGGUGUUAUUACUAUCAGAGAAGGUAGAACAUUGGAAGACGAACUUGAGGUUACUGAAGGUAUGCGGUUUGAUCGUGGUUUUAUUUCUCCAUACUUCAUCACUGAUCCAAAGUCGAGCAAGGUGGAAUUUGAAAAGCCAUUGUUACUGUUGAGUGAAAAGAAAAUCUCUUCUAUUCAAGAUAUCUUGCCAGCUUUGGAAAUUUCCAAUCAAAGCAGAAGACCUCUAUUGAUCAUUGCUGAGGAUAUUGACGGUGAAGCCCUUGCGGCUUGUAUCUUGAACAAGUUAAGGGGUCAAGUUAAGGUUUGCGCUGUGAAGGCACCUGGUUUCGGUGAUAAUAGAAAGAAUACAAUUGGUGAUAUUGCAGUGUUGACGGGUGGUACUGUUUUCACUGAAGAGUUAGAUCUGAAGCCAGAACAAUGUACCAUAGAAAACCUGGGUUCUUGUGACUCUAUUACCGUUACCAAGGAAGACACUGUUAUCUUGAACGGGAGUGGUCCAAAGGAAGCCAUUCAACAAAGGAUUGAACAAAUCAAGGGCUCCAUCGACAUCACCACCACAAAUUCAUAUGAAAAGGAGAAACUACAAGAGCGUUUGGCCAAACUGUCCGGCGGUGUCGCUGUCAUCAGAGUUGGUGGUGCGUCCGAAGUUGAAGUUGGUGAGAAGAAGGACCGUUACGACGAUGCUUUGAACGCUACCAGAGCCGCAGUCGAAGAAGGUAUCUUGCCAGGUGGUGGUACUGCUUUAGUGAAGGCAUCUAGAGUUUUGGACGAGGUUGUUGUCGACAAUUUUGAUCAAAAAUUAGGUGUUGAUAUCAUAAGAAAGGCGAUCACAAGACCUGCUAAGCAGAUUAUCGAAAAUGCUGGUGAAGAAGGUUCAGUUAUCGUCGGUAAAUUGAUCGAUGAAUAUGGUGAUGAUUUUGCCAAGGGUUACGAUGCCUCUAAAUCUGAAUACACUGACAUGUUAGCCACUGGUAUCAUUGAUCCAUUUAAGGUUGUCAGAUCCGGAUUAGUGGAUGCUUCUGGUGUUGCCUCACUAUUGGCUACUACUGAAGUUGCUAUUGUCGAUGCGCCAGAACCACCUGCCCCUGCCGGCGCUGGUGGUAUGCCAGGUGGUAUGCCAGGUAUGCCAGGUAUGAUGUAA